UGUUCACAUAGUACCUGAAUUUUUCUUGGCAAGAAUACUCUCUAGAUCACAUCUCUAUAUCUUAUUCUCUUGAUUCCUUUAUAAAAAAGCAGAAAGAACAUGGGCCAGACCAACCAGACCUGGGUGACAGAAUUUUUCCUCCUGGGACUUUCUGAUGACCCUCAGACACAGCUGCUACUCUUUGCAUUGUUCCUGGCAGUCUAUUUGUGUACUAUACUUGGAAACUUGCUCCUCACAUCCUUGGUUCUGCUUGAUUCACAACUCCAUACACCCAUGUAUUUUUUCCUGUGUAAUUUAUCUCUGGCAGACCUAUGCUUCUCAACUACCAUUGUGCCUCAAACCCUAAUCCACAUGUUAUCUAGAAGGAAAUUCAUUUCUUUCACAGGCUGUGCAGUUCAACUUCUUCUCAUUCUUUUUUUUGGAUGUACCCAGUGCUCCUUGUUAGCUGUGAUGUCUUAUGAUAGAUACUUGGCCAUUUGCAAUCCCAUGCACUACCCCCUCAUUAUGACAUGGAGGGUUUGUGUCCUCAUGGCUUUGGCCUGCUGGUCAAGUGGUGUUGUAGUGUCUAUGGUAGAUACUACAUUUACACUACGCCUCCCUUAUCAAGGAGAAAAUAGAAUUGCUCAUUUUAUUUGCGAGCCACCAGCCCUUCUGGUUGUAGCAUCUGCAGACACACAUAACUCAGAGAUGGCUGUUUUCCUGAUGGGUGUGGUGAUUCUUCUUGCACCUGUUUCCCUGAUCAUGAUCUCAUAUGUAUGUAUCAUAGCAUCUGUAGUUAGGAUGAAGACAGCCUCAGGAAGACUCAAGGCCUUCUCUACCUGUGGCUCCCACCUCAUUGUAGUCAUUAUUUUUUAUGGAUCAGCAAUCAUCAACUACAUGACACCCAAGUCGGCUAAGGAACUAGGGAAAAUGGUAUCUGUGUUCUAUGCAGUGAUAAACCCUAUGCUCAACCCCCUCAUAUAUAGCCUGAGGAACAAGGAUGUAAAAAGGGCAUUCAAAAAUGUUGCCAAUAGGAGACUGUUCUGUACUGUCUGAUUCUCUCAUUUGCCAUGAAUUUAACUUUAUAUUAUAUGUCUAAAUCUCAUGACUUAUGUUACAGAGAUGGGAUGCCCGUUUAUGAUGGUAUGUAAUUAUACAUAAUUGGUCAUAUAUCAUACCUUUGUCAAAGUCUGAGUUGUAAGGAGAGGUGGAGAUAAUAUCUUUGUUUCUCUGAAGAGCUGAGUGGAAUUAUGAUAAUUUGAAUGACUCAGAAUUUUUCUAUUAUGGUAUUAUCAUUGAAUAUCAUGUAUUAGAAUUUGGAGAAUUUGUAGGCAAAUAUUGUGUAAAGAUUCUUAGGAACAGGAAGAGACAUCCAAGCCUUUAGGUAGUUGAAUUAAUGCUUCAUUCACACAAAAACUCAAUAAAAGCUAAUAUGAUAAUAGAUUGCUCUUAAUAGAAAUAUGAUGUUCAAAAUGUUUAAGGAUAUGUCAAGCCAUUAUAUUCUCACAUGGAUAAUUAUCUUUAGGACUAACUGGUAUGAAAAUUUUAUUUUAUUCAUAUAUUUUCCUCUUUAAUCAUCUAUGUUUCUGAACAUAUCUGUUCAUUCUCCCCUAUUCAUUGGGCUUCUCCUUGUAAUGAAGUAAAAAAAAGUUUACAUCAUCAUCUUCACAGCCAUGUUUUAUGUUAUGUGGAUAUUUCCAAAUCUGAAUGCCUGCAUUUCUGGUAUGAGGAAGGUAAAAGCAUUUUCUCA